AUGUCGGAGAAGCCCAUCUUCCUCGUUACGCACCCACGUGCCUGUUCCACCGCCUUCGAGAGGGUCUUCAUGACUCGCGACGACAUCCUCGAGUGCGUCCACGAGCCGUUCGGCGACAGCUUCUACUACGGCCCGGAGCGGCUCAGCGAGCGGUACGCCGACGACCCCGCCGCCAGGGAAAGCAGCGGCUUCGCCAACACCACGUACCGCGAUGUCCUCGAGCGCCUCGAGAAGGACGGCAGCAAGGGCAAGCGCGUCUUCAUCAAGGACAUGGCGUACUAUCUGAUGCCGCCGGACGGGAAGCCGGCGACGAUCGCGCCGUCGCUCAGCGGCGGGGGCGCGGCGGCGAGCACCAACGGCACCAACGGCGACACGGCCCGGGGCGGGGCCGAAGACGGGAACCCGACGGUGCUGCCGCUGGCGGUACUGGAGCGGUUCCACUGGACGUUCCUGAUCCGGCACCCGCGGCGGGGGAUCCCGUCGUACUUCCGGUGCUGCGUGCCGCCGCUGGACGCGGUGACGGGGUUCAUGCGGUUCCUGCCGAGCGAGGCGGGGUACGCGGAGCUGCGGCGGGUGUUCGACUACCUGCGGGCGCGGGGGCUCGCGUCGUCGGCGCCCGGCGGCGCCGGCGGCGGCGACGUGACCGUCGUCGACGCCGACGACCUGCUCGACCGCCCCGCCCCCGCCGUCGCCGCCUUCUGCGCCCGCGUCGGCCUCCCCUUCCGCCCCGACAUGCUCGCCUGGGGCGACCCCGCCGGCCAGGACCGCGUCGCCGCCGCCUUCGCCAAGUGGCGCGGCUUCCACAACGACGCCAUCCAGAGCACCGGGCUCGCCGCCCGGCCCCACGCCCAGGCAGCCCUCACCGACGAAGAAGAGGACGAGCAGUGGCGCCAGAAGUUCGGCGACGAGGCCCAGAAGGUGAUCCGCGCCUGCGUCGACGAGAACCUGCCCCACUACGAGUACCUCAAGUCGUUCGCCAUGAAGUUCUAG